AUGUUGAAAGUCAGACGGAAUAGGCCUGGUACCAGGUCAGCUGACCUUUGGUCCUGGAAUCUUGAAGAUUACCCAAACAUGCCUGGUCCAUUCGCAGUCCAAGAAUACAUUCAAGAACUAAUCCGAGUCUGCCCAGACAAUGUGAAGCGAAUUUGUGAGCCUCCAACUGAUGUAGACAUCGGUGUCUGGCAAUACGAACACAUGAGGCAAUUCAUCCUUGAACUUAACCUUCUCAUUGUCUCUCUCCAAAAUUAACUUUAAAUUUUAUACGGCCAUAAGUGGGACUCCCACUAGCCGAACUACCCUGACUCCAGGAAAGGUGGUCUACGCUGGUUGCGUAUUCACCAGAGCGCAAAUGGUGUAAGGGCCCUAAUCAAAAUUCCAUACUCUUAAAUUUUCUGGCGAGACUCGCCUCACCUAAGGAUUAGCUUCCUAGGCUGGAGCCACCCAGUUUUGGGUAGCCCGAUCAUCUCGAUAGACGAAGACUAUGUGAGAGGAAAACCGGACAGGAAAACCUUCUGGAGAGAUACAAAACUCCUCUUCGGUAAGGCUUCCCAAACCUAAGGCCUUCUUCAAAAAGGGGGCAGAGGCUGUGUUUUCAGCUUCUUUAGGAUGGGUCCAACCUGCUCCAUCGAAGUGCACAUCAGAGAACCAUUUCCAUAAACGCUACCAUUUUAUUUUCUUCUCUCUCCAAGGAAUCUGUACGCCCACAGCAUGCCCGAAAAUGAAGGCAACCGAUGACUGGCUCUACCUUUGCGCAUCCCACAAGACUCCUCAAGAAUGCACAGCAAUCGACUAUAUGACCCACACACUAGACCACGCUACCUCUCUUAUGCAAAAUAAUAAAAAUUUUAACAGCCGAGUUAGCAUUCCACCAACUUCAAUAAAAUAUCUCAUGAGCAUCGUAAGAAGGCUCUACAGACUUUUCACACACACAUAUUUUCAUCACAGAGAGAUUUUUUCUGAAUUUGAAAAGCAGACUCAUUUGUGCUAUAGAUUUACAGAGUUUGUGCAGAGGUUUGAUAUGAUGCAGUCUAAACUUUUUAGUAUUCCGACACAUGCUUAUAUUUUUGAAGACAGCAAUAAGGAGUAA